AUGAAUCCUCAAGAAAUCCUCCUGAGUAUUGUCUUCUGUUUCCAGACUUUACUUGGAAUGCUGGGGAACUCCUUCUUAAUUUGUCUCUUCAUCCUUGUCUUCCUCACUGGACACACACUGAGGCCCAUAGAUCCAAUUCUCACCCAACUGGCCUUUGCCAACUCUUUGGUGCUCCUUUGCAAGGGCAUCCCUCAGACAAUGGCAGCUUUGGGUCUGAAGAAUUUCCUGGAUGAUGGUGGCUGUAAGACAGUCUUCUACCUUCACAGGGUAGCCCGUGGUCUUUCCCUCAGCAUGACCUGCCUCCUGAGUGGCUUUCAAGCCAUUACCAUCAGUCCUAGAGUCUCCAGAUGGGCAGAGCUUAAAGCCAGAAUCCCAAAGUACAUCACUGCUACCUGUGUCUCGUGCUGGACCUUCUACCUACUCUUCUGUAUCACUGUUAUUGAGAACAUUAAAGGACCGGGGUCCUCGAGAAAUAGUUCAGACACUCAUCAAUAUGAAUAUUGCUUUGCCUCAGUGAAAACCAAAGAAUAUAGAAUAUUGUCUACAUUUAUUUUCUCCCUCCCCGAUGCCAUGUGUGUGAGUUUCCUUGUCUUGGCCAGUGGCUACAUGGUGCUGCUUCUGUCCAGGCACCAGAAGCAAGUCCAGCACAUCCACAAGACCAGCCAUUCUUCUUCUAGAGUCUCCCAUGAGAUCAGAGCCACCCAGGCUAUCCUGCUCCAGGCGAGUGCUUUUGUCUGCUUUUACUCACUCAAUUCCAUCUUGGUAGCAUAUAUGCAUUCCAGAAAUCCGAUACUCGGGUUGGUGCAGUGCUCUGCCUUCCUGGCUUCCUGUUUCCCAACUGUUAGCCCAUUUCUGCUGAUCUGCACUGAUUCUCAAGUUCUCAGGUACUACGGGGGUCUUUGGCCAAGGAAUGUUGCACUUUUUAAUCUUUCUGUGUGUCCCUCCUGGGCUUAG